UACUUCCGCUUCCGGCAGAGGCGGCUGCAAUGGCGGUGCUGGCGGCCAACCCCAACAACCCCGUGGUCUUCUUCGAUGUCACCAUUGGGGGACAGGAGGUCGGCCGCAUGAAGAUCGAGCUGUUUGCCGAUGUUGUACCCAAAACGGCGGAGAACUUCAGGCAGUUUUGUACGGGCGAAUUCAGGAAAGAUGGUGUCCCUAUAGGUUAUAAAGGAAGCACUUUCCACAGGGUAAUAAAGGAUUUCAUGAUCCAAGGAGGUGACUUUGUAAACGGAGACGGCACUGGAGUAGCCAGUAUAUAUAGGGGUCCUUUUGCGGAUGAAAACUUCAAGCUGAAACACUCUGCUCCUGGGCUGCUCUCUAUGGCAAACAGCGGUCCGAGUACCAACGGCUGCCAGUUUUUCAUUACGUGCUCCAAAUGUGACUGGUUGGAUGGAAAACACGUUGUGUUUGGUAAAAUUGUCGAUGGGCUGUUGGUCAUGAGAAAAAUUGAAAAUGUGCCUACGGGUCCGAAUAACAAACCCAAGCUGCCAGUUGUGAUCUCUCAGUGUGGGGAAAUGUAAAGCAAUGAAAGAAACGCGCAGGCGGGCAGGCACUGACAAAAAGCAAAUCCCUCCAGUUGGUGACCUUCCAUUAAACGAUAUCCAAAGACAUCUGGAAUUGCCCACGAAGACGCGUCCCCGCUUCCGUAAUAAAGUCUUUCAGAUCUGCAGCGCUUCAGGCUCUUGGGAGCUCCUCCUAUUUGAUGAAGUGACAAGAGGGAAUGUGAUGGUUCUCUCAUUUCCCUGGUACUUCUGGUGGCAUUUCUGGGCUUUUGAAGGUAGAGACAACCUUGUUACCAGGCUUUCUUGCAGGAGGGCAGAGCCGCGCUGAUGGGUCAGGUCCCCUUUAGGGUUGUCCUCAGGCCCAGACUUGCCGAUCGUUUCUUUUUUGGAGCAGAUGAUCUCUGGCCAAUAUCCAACUGGAGACUGGAAGCUUUUCAUUUCUAGGUACGAGGCUGGUGCCACCUUGUUUAUUUCCCAGCCAAGGUCUUAGGAACUGCCUUUCUGCACCCUGCUGCCUCUCAGCUGCCUGUAGACAAGAACGGCAUUUGUCUCGCCCGACUUCAGACAGCUAAAUCCGUUACUUGUCCAGAUCCUUUAACAUCAGCCAGGAGAAAUGGGCGCUGUUGGGUUUAAGCCCAGAGGUAGGGGCAGAUGCCAGGCGUGGAGACCCAGCAGGACUCCCGAGUUCUCUAGUUCAGGCUUGGCCUGAGGUAGCGCGUGCAGCAAGUAGCGCUCACUUGAAAAUCGCUGUAGCAGCACCCAGUGUCACUGCACAGUCCUGCUUGGUGUAGGGUGAGUCGGGAAUGGCUGUCCGGCAUCGCGGACCUCUUUCUUCUUCC